CAGUGUGUUUCCAGGGGCACGUUGCAAGAGGAGAGACAAAGAAGGGAUUUUCCAUUUCCUGUUCUUAGGGAAGGGGAAAGAGUUGGGAAAUCUGAAAGGAGCUGUGAAAUCUGAACACGUCUCUGAGAAUCCUGAAUUCUACCUUCCUCAAUCUGCUAUUAUAUGAACAAGCUCCUCAUGUGCUUUCCGCGUCUCCUCUCCGAAAGUACCAGCUGAAAUUACCAAAAUUAUCAGCAGACAUGAAUAUUGCACUUAUCCUGCACACAGGCAGCUUUCCCUAAGAGAGAAAUUUAAUGCACAGAGGCUGAGAUGGGCACUCUGAGUGCAGACGGGGAGAAGAUCUGAGGCAUGGAAAUUGUUCCAAAGAGGAAAAUAUCCACAGAGCUGGGGUGUGAUUAGGAAAUGAGAGGAACGUAAGAGCUCCUUAAUCUUGUACUUCUUAGGGGUUGAUGAAACUCAUGAAAAUAAAUUCAAAUAAAAUGAACAUUUUCCUAAGAGAAAGAAAAACUGUUAUAGUAUGGUGGGAGGAGAGUCUCUGAAAAAGCUCUUGACUCGUCAUUAUCUUCUGCACUCUGCACAGGACUCCAGGCCCAGCAGGAACUGCAGAUGCCCAACAGCAGCUCCAUCAGCCAGUUCCUCCUCCUGGCGUUGGCAGACACGCGGCAGCUGCAGCUCCUGCACUUCUGGCUCUUGCUGGGCAUCUACCUGGCUGCCCUCCUGGGCAACGGCCUCAUCAGCACAGCCGUAGCCUGCCACCACCGCCUGCACACCCCCAUGUACUUCUUCCUGCUCAACCUCGCCCUCCUCGACCUGGGCUGCAUCUCCACCACUCUCCCCAAAGCCAUGGCCAAUGCCCUCUGGGACACCAGGCACAUCUCCUACGCUGGAUGUGCUGCACAGGUCUUUUUCUUUUUGUUCCUGUUAUCAGCAGAAUAUUUCCUUCUCACCAUCAUGUCCUAUGAUCGCUAUGUUGCCAUCUGCAAGCCCCUGCACUAUGAAACCCUUUUAAGCAUUAGAGCUUGUGCCAGCAUGGCAGCAGCUGCCUGGGGCACUGGGCCUCUCUAUUCUCUGCUGCACACUGCCAACACAUUUUCUCAAUCACUGUGCCAAGGCAAUGCUGUGGAUCAGUUCUUCUGUGAAAUCCCCCAGAUCCUUAAGCUCUCCUGUUCGAUACUGGGCCUUGUUAUGGAAAUUAGGCUUCUUGUGGCUAGUAUAGUUCUUUGUUUUGGGUGUUUUGCUUUCAUUCUUUUCUCCUAUGUGCAGAUCUUCAGCGCCGUGCUGAGGAUGCCCUCUGAGCAGGGACGGCACAAAGCUUUCUCCACGUGCCUCCCUCACCUGGCUGUGGUUUCCCUGUUUCUCAGCACUGCCAUGGUUGCUUACCUCAAGCCCCACUCCAUCUCUUCCCCAUCCCUGGAUUUGGAGGUGUCAUUUCUGUACUCAGUGGUACCGCCGGUAAUGAACCCCCUUAUCUACAGCAUGAGGAAUAAGGAGCUGAGGAAUUCUCUGUGGAAACUAAUGGCCUAA